AUGGCCGAUCUCUCUUCUUCCCAAUUCCUUCCUUCUUCCCCUUCGUCGUCACAGGAAUUGUCUCUCGAUUCCUCCUUCACGCCGUCCGACCUCAGUCGACCAAACGACAAGCUGGAGUUCCCAAUCGCUGCCAGUCUCGCCCGCGGGGGGUUGCCCGACUCCGUCUUCCCCGACUGGAAGCAUGGCAACCCCCGGGAGGGCCUCGAGGAUCCGGAUGAGAUGCAGAAGAAAGACCCUCUGGCCACGCAAAUCUGGAAGCUGUACACGCGCACCAAGACCCAGCUUCCAAACCAGGAGCGCAUGGAGAAUCUGACCUGGCGGAUGAUGGCGAUGAGUUUGAGGCGUAAAGAACGUGAGGCUCGACUGGCCCAGCAGAAGAGAAACAGCAUUGACCACAGGAGCACCGCCAACACCUCCACACCGGGCGGGAUCUCACAGCUGCGGAAGUCGCUCGACCACACAGCGACCAACGCUGGCAACAGUAACAACGAGGAGGCGGAUCCUAUGAACCUGGACGACUUCAUAAUCCCCUCCUCGAUCGGCUCUCCCUCUGGCAUCCCGGCUUCUCCGUCGGCCGACAAAGGCUCGACAUCCGACAACGCCGUCGCCUCCGCCAUCCCCAUCAAGGGUCGAAAGGAUCAGGCGACCGCGUCGCAUGGGCCUCUGGUUCCUGCGUCGUUACCUCACCCGCCUCAAGACCAGCGCAAGAACGGGGAAUUCAGCUACGUCCAACGACGGAUUCGCAAGACCAGUGUCGACGAGCGGAAGGUGAGCGGCAACCCCGUCGUGAAGUGGACGGGGAUCCUGGAUUCUAACACAAAUGACAAGACUCGCAAGCGUCCAGCCGAAUCUUCUCCUCAGGUCCCCCCGGUCUCCAAUCUGAUGAUCCCCGUCGACGCCGACUUCGACUCUGGAAUGCCGGAUUACCAGCUCGACCAGCCUCACUCCGCGUACUCUACCAACAGCCACACUUCGCCGGGUGUGCCUUUCAACCUGGAUACCUUCCACUUGAAUGACGACCCGAUUUUGACUUCGGCUGGUCCGUACCAGCACAACUUCACCUUCUCCCCCACGGACUCUCCGAUGGCAAGCGGAGGACCAUUUGCUAAUGUCUACGCCAACACCCCCAUGGGCUCUUCGCUCAACUCUACCGAUUUUUACUCUCCUCCUCCCUCCGGCUAUCAGUCGGCCGCCUCGACUCCUCAGCCAGGCUUCGAUAAUGAGCACUCUAUGUACUUUGAGAGUUCCAUAGAUGCCCGUACUCAGCAUCGGGUCCCUAACUAUGCUUCUCACCGAUCCUCCAACCUUUCGUCCUCCGUGCAGCCUCGCUAUAUGUUCAAUACCAACAAUGACCAAGGGUUUAACUCCUUGAGCGGUCCACCCUCGAACAUCCCGUCUCCAGGCUUCUCCAUGCCGCAGCAGCAUGUCGACCCGUCUCGCGUUCUGGGUCGUGGUGACUUCUCGGCCGGUCCGUCCCAUCAUGGCUUGAACUUAACCAGCAAUGACAAUAUGUUCACUUUCGGUGCAGACUCCGACAACGAGGAUGAGGAUGGCAACGCUUUCUCUGACCGCAACAUGAACAUGCACACGGAUUUCAACUCGGUCGAUGAUGCUUCCCUCGACCUGAACACGGGGCUCCAGUGGGAUGCUCACUUUGGCCAGUUCAACUCGAUGCCUACUUUCAACGGCCAGCACAGGAAGCAUAUCACGAUUGGCGGUGACAUGAUGGAUCAGUCGAGAGACUGGAACCAGGGUGGCAGUCUCGGCCGGACUCACGGAUCUGCAGCAUCCGUGAGCGAAAUCCGCAACCGUGAGCAGGAUCCCCGCAGGCAGAAGAUUGCCCGCACCAUCUCCACCCCCAAUACUACGCAGCUGCUUCAUCAGAGUAUGAACAACCAGUCCCUCACCUCACCCAACACGCCGCCAGAAUCCGGAUUCAACAGCACUGCUCCUUCCCGGCCUGCCAGCCCAGGAGGCUCCAAGAACGGCGAGCAGGGCAAUACGCCCACUACCUGUACCAACUGUUUCACGCAGACAACACCGCUAUGGCGUCGCAAUCCGGAGGGCCAGCCUCUUUGCAACGCCUGUGGUCUUUUCCUGAAGCUGCACGGAGUGGUGCGACCUCUUUCCCUGAAGACGGAUGUGAUUAAGAAGCGCAACAGAGGUAGCGGUAACAGCUUAUCUGUUGGAGUCUCUUCAACCCGCUCGUCAAAGAAGGGCAGCAGGAAGAACUCGGUCGCCCAGGCUCCUCUCACGACGCCCACCUCGGGCAAGCCGCAGAGCGCGACAGCGUCGGAAUCUCCGCCUUCCAUGCAAGGCUCCAGUGGAUCUACAGCCGGAACUACUCCGACUAGCUUCCAGGGCUCCGGCAAGGGUGGUGUUGUGCCCAUCGCGGCGGCUCCCCCGAAGCCUGCCCCUUCGAACGGUGCCAGUCAAAGUCGUGCAUCCGUCCAGGUAGCCCCUAAACGUCAACGACGACUGGAAAAGGGCUCGACCAGUUCAUUGCAGGAGGGUGAUGGUGAAGACAAGGGAGCGUCGAGGUCCAAGGUCGUGCCGCUUGCCCCAGCAGUGCAACCAGCGGCAGCCAACCCUGCGAAUCACAGUCUUGCUGCAGGCCAAGGUGGCAGUCAGGAGUGGGAGUGGUUGACCAUGAGUCUGUGA